UUGUUACAGUAUGACGUAUCGUUGGAGUAUACAUCGAUAUGCAAUAGUCUGACAUAUCGAAGUGCAGUGCUUUCGACGCCUUUGCACAGAACUUCUUGCGCUGCUUAUAAACAUCGAUAUCAAAUUUUCAUUCCUGUUUACUAAUGCGUAAUAUUUUAGUGAAUGCCGCAUUCUUUUUACGUAGAAGUUCUGUAAGACGUUUGUCUAAUAUAGGAAAAAUGUCUAGCGAGGUUGCCAAGGCUCAAACAGCUAGCGCAAGUGAGGAUACCAUUUUCGGAAAAAUCCUCCGAAAAGAAAUUCCUUGUAAAUUUAUCUACGAGGACGACAAAUGCGUCGCUUUUCAUGACAUCAACGGCCAGGCACCAAAGCAUUUUCUUGUUAUUCCAAGAAAACCGAUUGUUCAAUUAUCAAAAGCUGUUGAAGACGACAAGGAACUACUUGGACAUCUUAUGCUAGUAGGUGCAAAGGUUGCAGAAGAACUCGGAUUAGAGAAAGGAUAUCGCGUUGUUAUAAAUAAUGGGCAACACGGCGCUCAAUCUGUUUAUCAUUUGCAUUUACAUUUCCUGGGUGGACGUCAAAUGCAAUGGCCUCCAGGCUAAGUGCAUCCAAAUUACAGAAAAAUGACAAAGAAAUAAAAGGAUAAAUCAAUUA